AUGGCAGAUAUUAAAGAUGAUCCUGUUACGACGAAAGAAGGUGGUCCUCCCGCUGUAAAGUUUCCGAUGUUAACUUCUUCAAAUUAUACCGUAUGGAGUAUGAAGAUGAAGAUUGCACUUAAGGUGAGUGAGGUAUGGGAGGUGAUCGAUCCUGGAACAAAGGAUGAGAAGAAAAAUAAUAUGGCAAUAGCCUACCUGUUUCAGUCAGUACCAGAAGCUUUGGUAUUGCAGAUAGAGAGGGUAAGAGAAGCAAGACUGCAGACGUUGAUGGCAGAGUUCGAUAGAACCAAGAUGAAGGACGGAGAUACCAUAGACGUAUUUGUUGGAAAGCUAUCAGAAAUCACCUCUAAGGCAGCUGCACUAGGAGAAAUAAUAGACGAGCCUAAAUUGGUGAAGAAAUUCUUGAAAAGCCUACCUAGAAAAAGGUAUAUUCAGAUCGUUGCCUCUAUUGAACAGAUGCUUGACUUGAAAACAACAAGCUUUGAAGACAUUGUUGGUCGGCUUAAGGUUUAUGAAGAAAGAAUCUCAGAGGAGGAAGAAGAUGAUGCAGGUGAUGAUCAGACAAAACUAAUGUAUGCAGACUCAGAGAACUAUGGAGGAUAUGGAAAACGCAGAGGUCGUGGUGGUCGUACACCAUGGAGGGGAAGAGGUCGUGGUCGUUAA